AUGAACUCACUAAUUUCUCUCAGACCCUUCAAACUUUCUGAUGCUGAUGACUUUUUAAAAUGGGCAAGUGAUGAAAAGGGAACACAUUAUCUAAGAUGGAACUCAAUCCAAUCCAAAGAAGAAGCCUUAAAAUACAUCCAAGAAGUUGCCAUACCACACCCUUGGAGGCAAUCCAUUUGUCUUGACGAUCACUCCAUUGGAUACAUUUCAGUCCGGCCAGAAUCCGGCAGCGAUCGACACCGGGCCCACUUAGGAUAUGCGGUUGGCAGUAACUAUUGGGGACAAGGAAUAGUCACUAAAGCCAUGAAAAUGGCAAUCCCUCGUGUUUUCGAAAAGUUCCCUUAUUUAGUGAGGCUGGAAGCUUUGGUUGAAGAAGAAAAUAUAGGGUCGCAAAGGGUUCUUGAAAAGGUUGGGUUCAAGAAAGAAGGUUUCCUGAGAAAAUAUGGGUUCAACAAAGGCGAAAUUAGAGAUAUGUUUAUCUAUAGUUUCUUAUUAACAGAUAAGAUUAUAGAAUAA